AUGUCGAGCAAGGUCGCCGAGGCCGCCUCACGGGCAGCCGAGCAUGUGCUGCAGCACCCGAUCCAGGCGGCCGCCUACGUCGUCGUCGCCGGCGCCUCGCUCGUCUUCCUGCUGGUCGCCUACGUCGUCUACCUCAGCUACCUCCGUCCCAACCCGCUCCGCCACAUCCCCGGCCCGCCCGCGCACCCGCUCCUCGGCAACUUCCUCCUCAUGGCCAAGGAGCCCGGCGCGCUGGCCGAGGUCCGCUGGUCGCGCCAGUACGCAAAGGACGGCAUGUUCCGCACCCAGGCCUUUUUCGGCAAGCCGGGCAUCGCCUUCCUUCGGCCCAAGGCGCUCCGGAAGAUCCUCGUAGAGGAGCCCUACCUGUACCCGAAGCCGCCCCAGACUUCCAAGCUCCUCGCUCUGGUCGCCGGCAGGGGCCUGCUCACCAUCGAGGGCGAGCCGCACAAGAAGAUGCGCAAGACCAUGAACCAGGCAUUCUCGCUCACCAGCCUCAUCGACCAGUUCCCCGUGUACUAUGAUAAGAUCUACCCGAUGGUCGAGGUCAUGCAACGUCAGAUUGACGCCGCACCGGGGGGCGGCGGCGCGAAGGCCAACGAGGCCAUCAUCGACGUCGAUGCUCUGGCCGCUCGCGCUCUGCUCGACAUCAUCAGCCUCACGGCCUUCGGCUACGACACCGACUCGAUCCGCAACCCCGAUGCCGAGCUCUAUGUCGCCUAUCAUCAGGUCGGCGCGCUGCAGACGGGCAAAAACCAGGCCAUGCUGAUGCCGCUCCUGCAGAUCCCCGGAACGGGCUGGCUGCUGGACAAGGCAUCCGACUGGUCGGACUGGAGCGGCCAGCUGGCCAAGCUGGAGAAGGGCUCCAAGCUGCGCGACCUCUUCCUGCUGCUCAACGGCAUGCACCGCAUCAAGCGCGUCUCGCGCGAGAUCCUGCGCCUCCAGCUCAACUCGGGCGAGCGCGUCGCGCUCAAGCCGGGCUCCAAGGCCAUCAUCGACAUUAUCGAGGAGACCAACCAGAGCGAAAACGAGAGCAGGGUCAGGAGCCUCAAGGAGGCCGAGGACAACAUGAUUAUCCAGGUGCUCACGUUCCUCGGGGCCGGACACGAGACGACGACGAGCGGCGUGUCGUGGACGCUGUGGAACCUCGCCACGCACCCGGAAAAGCAGGACAAGCUGCGUGCCGAGUGCAAGGCGCUGCUCGACAGCGAGCCGCGGCCGCCGUACAGCGCCAUCAAGGCGCUGACCUACCUCGACGCCGUCGUCAACGAGACGAUGCGCCUCACUCCGCCCGUGCCGCGCACGCUGCGGUACGCGAGCAAGGACGACGUCAUCGACGGCACCUUUGUGCCCAAGGGCACGCUGCUGCCCAUCUUUAGCCGCGCCAUCAACACGUUCCCCGAGACGUGGGGCGACGAUGCCAUGGAGUUCCGGCCGGAGCGGUGGUCGGACCUGCCCGCCGGCUACGACCGCACGUUCAGUAUGCUCACCUUCCUCGCCGGCGCCCACGGCUGCAUCGGCAGGACCAUGAGCUACCUCGAGAUGAAGGCUAUGGUCGCCGUACUCGUCGCCAACUUCCGUUUCGAGCCCAUCGAAAAGGACUACCAGCCCGUCAUGGAGGCCCUCAUCACCAUGAAGCCACAGGGUGGCCUGCCCCUGCGCGUCUCAAAGGUCUAG